CUUUCUAACAAGUACUACACUUAAAUUGACUCAAGACAUCUGAGUACAGAUACAAAAAAAAACAACCUUCGAACAAAACCACAAUGAACUCCACUGCAACCCUCGUCUUUAUUUCUUUUGUGUUGUGUGUCGCUGUGGAAGGUACUUCUCUGUAUGGAAAGGGACGAUGCUUUUGCCUUAGGGAUGGGGAUGACUUUGUGCGUCGAAGAAACAUUGAGAAGUUAGAAGUGAUACCAAAAAGCCCAAUGUGUCAAAGGCUAGAGAUUAUUGUGACAUUGAAGGGUACAGCAGAACAGAGAUGCCUCAAUCCCCAAUCUAAGUUUGUGCAGAAUCUGAUCAACACAUUAAGGAAAAGGUCUUCAAAGUAAACUUCUGUGCAACGAAGGACAUGAAAACCCCAAAAUAAAGGCCAACGCAGCCACCAGAAACAUUCCUUAAACCUGUUUACAAUGUUUACUUUGAAUCAUUUUUAUGGGCAUUAUUUCCUUUGAAUAUUCGGAUACAAUAGCACUAAUAAUACAGUCAAAUGUAGUUAUUAUGUAUAUAUUUUAUUUGUAAACACAGAAGUACACAUUAUUAUUUUGAAAGUACCGUUAAAGAGCUGGUCUUUGUUACUUAAUGUAUAGUGUAUUUGUUUAGGGCAAGUCAAAUAACAAACUAUUUAUUUAAAUUAUUCAAUUACCCUUAAAUCCCAGCAUAUGUCUUGUCUGUUUGCUGGACAGAACUGAUGUCAAAUGUAAAGCACUGUGUAUUACUUGUAUUGUUUGUCAGUAAAGGAAGACUUAUGAGCAAGAAAAUGCAUGCAAUAUUCAAAAAAGGGUGUAUUAUAUAUAAUGUACAUUCUGAAAUGUAUUGUAUAUAAUGUACAUUCUGAAAUGUAUUGUAUAUAAUGUACAUUCUGAAAUGUAUUGUAUAUAAUGUACAUUCUGAAAUGUAUUGUAUAUAAUGUACAUUCUGAAAUGAAUAUUGUUUUUGAUAUGUUGGUUGUUAUGAUAUUUGUAUUACCCUGUUUAUAUGCUUGUGGUUUUGUACAGUUGUAAUGUGAAAAGUAAAUUCUUGAAUUUUAAA